UGAUCGGUGAAAUGAACUUUGCCGACGCGUCGGACGUAAGGCGCAUGCGCGUGCCGUAUAGAGACACCGCGAGGCGGUGUCGGCGUUCGUGACCGAUAAGGCCCGCCGCGGACGCAGAAUCAACAGAGACGGCGAGCCUGUAGGAACGCGGCCCAAUUAUACGCUAGGGCUAGCCGUUACGGCCAGUCUGCGGCCAUGGAGGCUGAAGCAGAGGCAAGGCCGUUGACGCAGCGUCCUGGAAAGUCGGGCGGCGGUGGCGGUGGCGGCGCGCCAGGUUGCAUUCAGAUUCGAACAUAUCUUUGGUAUCUAGUAUUUACUGGAACACUUGUAAAUUUCAUGAUUACCAACAAUGUAAACAUUGCAAUAGUUGACAUGAUAAAGAAGCAGCCACUAGCAAGUCAAGAAACAGAAAUGGGUGCUUGUUCAUUGGAAACACAAGUUAUGUGGAAAAAUGAUUCUUUUGAAAACAAGACUGAAAAUUUAGUUUCUAAUCAGCAAGCAGCUACUGUAGAUAGUGACAAAGUGCUUCGAUUUGAAUGGGAUGAGAAACAACAGGGCAUGGUUCUCGGUGCCUAUUUCUGGCUGCAUUCAGUCCUACAGCUGCCAGGUGGCAUGCUUUCUCAUGCCUAUGGUACAAAGAAAGUGUUUGGUUUUAGCAAUCUAACUAUGUUUGUUUUGUCAUUACUCAUUCCUGUGGCAGCUAACAUUGGUUAUGAGGCAAUUGUUGCCCUCAGAGUUGUUCAAGGAUUCAUCGGAGGACUUGCAUGGCCUGCUUUACACAGUCUUACAGCCAACUGGAUUCCUCCAAAUGAACGCAGCAAAUUUGUUACAGCAUAUAUGGGAAGCUCUGUAGGAACAGCUCUAACAUUCCCACUUUGUGGUCUGCUUAUAUCAUGGUUUGGUUGGCCUUCUGUUUUCUACACAACUGGUGGAAUUGGAAUUCUGUGGUUCAUCAUUUGGUGGCUUGUUGUGUAUGAUUCCCCUGCUGAGCAUCCUUAUGUGUCUAUGAAGGAGAAGCAACUCAUCCUGGAUAGUUUGGGAACAUCAGUGUCCGAGACAAAGGCACCCACACCUUGGAAGGCAAUUUUAUUAUCAGGUCCAAUGUGGCUCAAUAUUUUCUCUCAGUGGGGUAGCACAUGGAGCUUGUUCACACUUAUGACACAGGCGCCAACUUAUUUCAAGUUCAUUCAUGGCUGGAACAUACAUAUGACUGGGCUUCUGUCUGGGAUUCCACAUGUCUGCCGCAUUAUUGUGGCAUUAGUGUUGUCUCACGUAAGUGACAAAAUGUUGCGAAAAGGUAUCAUGUCAAAAACAGGAAUUCGAAAACUUGGAUCGGCUGUAUGUUGUAUCAUUCAUGGAUUUUUUAUGUUGGGAUUGGCAUUCUCUGGCUGCAACUACUUGGCAGCAAUCAUUUGUAUUGCUGCAUCAGUGGGAACAAGUGGAGCAGUCUCAUCUGGACCAUUUGCUAGCUUUGUUGAUCUCAGUCCCAACUAUGCAAGUAUCCUGUUUGGCAUAGGGUGCACAGUGGCUGAUCUUCCAGGUUUCAUUUCUCCAGCUAUAGUUGGAACACUGACAUAUCAGAAUCAAACCCCUAGUCAGUGGCAGAUAGUCUUCCUGAUCACAGCUGGAAUGCUGUUUCUUCCUGGAGUACUUUAUCAAGUCUUUGGCACUUCAGAACUUCAAUCUUGGAACACACCUGACAAAGGUGAUCAUGGAAAACAUCAAGACAAGCUUGAAGAUAUUCUGCACCCAAGUGACAUCUCUUCAAAGGGCUAUAAUGAGAGUGUAGAAAUGGAAUCUGUAAGGCUGUGACAAUAAGGCAACUGGAAAUAAAUGUUUUAUGUCCUUUCAAAAUACUAAACUUUAAUGACAAGUAUUUUGUAUUUUUUCUUAUAGUAUGUGGAAACUCAGGUUUAUCAUGAUCACUUGUGUUGAGCCUUGUUAACAGCUUUAUCACAAGUUUAUUGCUCCAAAUGUGUCCAAUUUUAACGUUCUGUUGAAUCAUUGUAUUCAGUUAACAAAUGUCUUUAGACACCAUUUUAAUUUUGUAAUAGUAUUUAUUUAUUUAUAUGUAAACAGCUUUUUUUUUAAAAAAAAGUAAGAAAAUGAAAUAAAAAUAUUUGAUAUCACCUUUUAUCUCUUAUGUGUCAAAGAAUAAGUUAUAUUAUUAGGAAUAUGUUUCAGUGUGUCAUAUAAAGAGUUUAAGGGGAGUGAUAAUUUUAGUUAUUUUACUCCUCAUUAAUCAUAUUUCUGCAUCAGCCUCAGGCAUAGCAUAUCUUGCCUUUUCUUAUUUCCUUCAGUUUCCUAAGUUUAAGCUGGUGAUUUCCUAAAUUUAAGCUGGUGAGGUGGUGCAGUUGAUGAAGACAUGGGACUCAUAUUUUGAAACACUAGGAUUCAAAACUCAGUGAAUGCAUGAGAUUAAUAGAAUACUUCUUCUCACCAUUUUGACAGUCCUUUAACUCCUGGAGCAGUGAAGUUAAGUUAAAAAAAGUAUUAGUGCACACAGAGGUGCUAAUAACUGAACAACUUGCAGGAACAUCUUCAAGGAUCUUGGCAGUCUUACACUCAUAUGCCAACACAUUUCCUUCAUAAUUAGUAUUUCUGGUUAAUAAUAAGAGUGAAUUUAUGAUGAACUGUGAAAUUAGCAAUCUGAGUACUAGAAAUAAAAAUUAUUUUCCAUAUAGAUAUGCAGUUCUAUCUAGAGUUCAGAAUGGUGUUUUAUAUUUUGUUGCAAAAGACUGUAACAGGUUACUAGCAGAAAACAGAUGUGAAACUAGAAAUCCUCAAAUAAUCAAAAACAAAGUAUAGGAGGAUCUUAUUAACCAUUCCUUCUUUAAUUAAUGGCACUAGUUGCUCAAAUGUUUGUAUUGAAUAGGUUUUGACUUUCAGUAAAUAGACUGCUGAUAAUGUUCUGUGAAAUGUAUAAUUAUAGUUACUUAAUUGCUUUGCUCGGCAUAUUACAUGAAAAUAGCAGCUAAGUAGUGUAAGAUCCAAAACUAGAGGCUUUUUUCUUUAUGUAUAUAAAGAAGCUGAAAAGUAAUUCCUGUACUCAGUAUGAGUACUUCAGUAUUAA